AUGGGUGCGUGCGACCAUACCGUGGCACGCAUUCGGGUGUACACUGCCGCUGCUGCUGCCAGAGACUUGGACUUGGGCUUGCUCCUCCUACACUAUUUCUACUACUACGACGCCUACCGGCACGGCAGCAUGGGAGGCCAAUUUGGAAUGACUGCGCCUUUACGUCAAGACUCGACCGACGUCACCGCGGGCCCCAUUGGAUCCUUUGCUACCCACGACUACUACGGCCAACUGCUACCCUACGUGCCACUCGCCGCCCGCGCCUCCACCAAUGGCUUUGGUUGUGCUGAUAUGCGUCAGUUUGAAUUGCGAUCAUCGACGUCGCCGCGCUUCCUGUGCCCAAGAUCUGCGCUUGGAUCGGCGGCGACUCUGGCCGUCUACGGACGGUUUGACCCGUAG